AUGAGCGGCCCAACCGCUCGCCUUGCCAGCAUUAACAUCGGUGGCUCCGCGACGGCCAUCGCAACUGCUACUGCUGCUGCUGCUGCAAGUGCGCAGGCAUAUCCAUCUCCGUUAAAUCGCUGCAGCAGUGCUUCCGCCCCGAAUACAAAUACUGACAAUGGCCCUAGAGGAGAUUUUGGCCUCAUUGGCUUGGCUGUCAUGGGCCAGAACCUGAUCCUCAAUGCUGCGGAUCAUGGUGCCACCGUCGUUGCUUUCAACCGGACCGUCUCCAAGGUUGACCACUUCCUCGCGAAUGAGGCAAAGGGCAAAUCCAUCAUCGGUGCUCACUCCAUCGAGGAGUUCGUCAGCAAGCUCAAGAAGCCCCGCCGCAUGAUGCUCUUGGUCAUGGCCGGUAAGCCGGUCGACGACUUUAUUGAGACUCUUCUCCCCUUCUGCGAGAAAGGCGAUAUCAUCAUUGAUGGCGGCAAUUCCCAUUUCCCCGAUACCAACCGCCGCGCCAAGUACCUGGCCACCAAGGGCAUCCGGUUUGUCGGCACUGGCGUGUCUGGAGGUGAGGAGGGUGCCAGAUAUGGCCCUUCGUUGAUGCCUGGUGGAAAUGAAGAAGCCUGGCCCUACAUCAAGGAUAUCUUCCAGAGCAUUGCCGCCAAGAGUGAUGGCGAGCCUUGUUGCGAGUGGGUUGGUGAUGGCGGUGCGGGCCACUACGUCAAGAUGGUGCAUAACGGUAUUGAGUAUGGUGAUAUGCAAUUGAUCUGCGAGGCAUAUGAUAUCAUGAAGCGUGGGUUAGGCAUGCCAAACAAGGAGAUUGGUGAUGUUCUCACAAAAUGGAACAAGGGCGUUCUGGAUUCGUUCCUGAUCGAAAUUACCCGCGAUAUCAUGUACUUCAAUGACGAUGAUGGAACGCCUCUCGUGGAAAAGAUCCUCGACUCCGCCGGCCAAAAGGGUACCGGCAAAUGGACCGCCAUCAACGCCCUCGAUCUCGGCAUGCCCGUCACCUUGAUCGCCGAAGCCGUGCUCGCCCGUUGUCUCUCUUCAGUCAAGGGAGAGCGGACAAAGGCCUCCGAGAUCCUCACCUAUGUCGGUCGGCAAAACAAGUUCGACGGCAACAAGGAGCAAUUCCUUGACGACCUAGAGCAGGCUUUGUAUGCAUCAAAGAUUAUUUCAUACGCACAAGGUUUCAUGCUUAUGCAAGAGGCCGCCAAGGAAUACGGAUGGAAGCUUAACAAGCCCUCUAUUGCCCUCAUGUGGCGCGGUGGUUGCAUUAUCCGUUCUGUCUUCUUGAAGGAUAUCACAGCCGCCUACCGUGACAACCCAGACCUUGAGAAUCUUCUCUUCAGCGAAUUCUUUAACAAGGCCAUCCACAAGGCCCAGCCUGGAUGGAGAGAUGUUGUUGCCAAGGCCGCCCUUCUUGGGAUACCCACCCCAGCCUUCUCGACCGCCUUGUCAUGGUUCGACGGAUACCGAACCAAGGACUUGCCAGCUAACCUUCUCCAGGCCCAAAGAGACUAUUUCGGUGCCCACACCUUCAAGAUCAAGCCCGAGUUUGCCAAUGACAAGUACAAGGUUGGUGACAACAUCCACGUUAACUGGACUGGACGUGGUGGCAACGUUAGCGCCUCUACAUACCAGGCAUAA